AAACGGAGGCGGACGGAAGAAGCACAUGGGAAAAAUCCUAGCGCCAGAGCUACCGGCGGCGGUACAUGCCCACCUGUACCGGCAAAAACGUGCGGACGCACGAUAAAGAUCACAGCUUUUCCUACUCUUUGCAGACACCCCCGCCCCUCGGCGGCGGCCGCGAGCGAAACCAACGACGCCACCCAAACCGGCAAAUCCGCCUCCUCCCCCACGCCUUUCGCCGCUCGGCUGACUCGUUCGCGUUCCCACCCCACUCCGACUUAACCGGGCGCACCGUUUCCGGUGGGCGGCAUCCUGCGCCUUUCGGGUCGCGUCCGCACGCGCUGGGGUGGUGGAGGGAGUCCGGGCGCCUUUUCUCGCGUGUCCCGAGGGUUGGGCUGAGGGAGAAGAGGUCCGCAGCGGCCAUCCAUGGCGGAGAUGCGACCGAUCUACAGGGAGCCCGGCAAGCCCCGGCGGCCGCCACGCUCUCACGGCAGUGGAAGUUUCUCAGUUCCGUUGUGGGAAAAGAAAUUUUGCACUGAUGCUUGUGCUAUCCCCUGGGCUAAACUGUGUGAGACCAAGAGAUUGAUGUCUCUGUAUAAAAGCGUGGUUGAUUGGGACGACUCAGCUGCAUUAGAAGCCUUCAAUGACGCAAAGGCGCGCUUCUGUGCUGUAUAUCAUGGUCAAUGCUACGAUAUCCCUUUGCCCGACCCAAACAUGUUUAUUGAUAUUAUCAACCCAGAUGAAUAUGUUGAUCCUGAAUUGGUGGCUGAUCUGGAGAAGUCACGUCGUAGUGUUCCCAGAAAAGAUAAUGGUGUUCCUGAUGUCUGGGACUCUUUUAUUUUCUCUGACAAGCCAGUUCCAGUUACAGGAUGGGGUGACACGGAGACCAGCUUCACCCAUGGCCAGCAGCUCUCUGUAAACUGGGACAAUCAGUUAGAACACUCAGUUGAAGCAAAUCAUAAGCAAAUGUCGGCAAGUUGGGACUAUUCUGUCAAGCAACCUUCUCAAAGAAUUGGUCAGCAAAACUCAGGGAACUGGGAAGUGUACAAGGAACAGCAGGAUCAAGCCAGCAACUGGGGGGAGCAGACGAAUCCUUGCAGUACCAACUGGGUCAUGGAUGGCUCCCAGGAUGCUUGGAAGCAUGGCUAUGGUUGGGGUCCUGCAGCUAUUCAGACCGAUCCAUGGGACAACUGUCAAUAUAGCUAUCAGGUGCCUGACAGCCAGGGCACAUAUGGACACUGGACUCACUGGAGAAGGCGAAACAAUGACUUGGGUAGAAGAAACACCAGGAAUAGAGGAGAUCCCAUCAGCUCAAAGCCAAUGAAAUCAAAGUACCAAACGGAUGAACACAGUGGUGCAAACAAUGGUUGGAGGAACUGUCGAGUGAAGAAUGAUAUGUAUUAUUACUCAUAUGAGCAGGCUGAUUAUACCAAGCAGUCACUGGCUAUGUGAGUAAGAGCUAAGGGGCUUACGCCAUCGAGAGAAGAUGACAAGUUCCUCUCUGCCGUUCACUACGCUUUAGAGGUGUCAGUAGUUUUACACCAGCAAUAGUAAUGGUGGACAUCUUGAGAUGAGGUACAGUAGAGUUAGUAGCAGGUUAUGUUCACCUACCCCCCCCCCCCCCCCCCCCCCUAAGCUGCUGUAUAUAGUAGUAAUUAUCGUCCUAAUGAUUGUUUCGUUUAGCCAUUUGCGGCCGUUGUUUGUUUAUAUAUAUCUGUCUCGAUAUCUGUAGUUUUGGUUUACUGGCUACUUCUUAGCUUCAGUGUUGCAGCAGUUAGAAUUAUGAUGGUUCUUCUUUAAUUUACAUCUUCGGUGGUGGUAAGAACAAAUGCUUUGACUGAUUUGUAUGUUGGUGUCGAAAUGGCACGAGCAGAAGCUUAUAUCCUGUA